AUUGAUCCACAAAUCAAACUAAUUUAAAAGAACCAAAGACAGACAAACUUUCACAAACACUCACGCACAAUCUGUGUUUUCAGAGGGGCAGAGAAACAAGAGCUAUGGAUGUGAGGAGAAUAGUAGUGGUAGUUGAAGAUGUUGAAGCUGCAAGAACAGCUCUGAAAUGGGCUCUCCAAAACCUCAUACGAUUUGGGGAUUUCAUUACUCUUCUCCAUGUUUUCCGAAGUUCAAGAUCUAAGAGCAAGAACAAAACCAGGCUUCUGCGCUUGAAAGGGUUCAAAUUGGCCCUGUCUUUCAAGGAUAUCUGCGACUCCUUCCCCAAUACAAAGGUUGAAAUGGUUGUGACAGAAGGAGAUGAAGAAGGGAAGAAGAUUGCAGCAAUGGUGAGGGAGAUUGGGGCUUCUGAGCUUGUUCUUGGACUCCAUGAUCACAGCUUUCUUUACAAGUUGGCAAUGGCCCAGGGCAACAAUAUUGCAAACAACUUCAUGAAUUGCAGAGUCCUAGCCAUCAAGCAACCUUCUUCUUCACCUUUGAGGAUCAACAAGGCCAGUGCUCCUACUCCAGCAACACCAGUCUUGGACUGUUCAACCAACUUAGACUUUUCGCAGAUUGAUGUUGCUGGUUUACAGAUUCCUGAUGUGCCUCCACCAAAAAUUCCAUACAAAAUCUGCCCAAACCCUUACGCAAUCAUCUGGAAAUCAAGGAGAUCAAGGAGAUCAAGGAGGUAGUAGGGUAGCAAGUAGUGAAGUGGUUGAAGGGCGUUAGCAUAUCAUCAGUUACUGUUUUAUAUAUUUAAAGCUAUGCAGGGAGCAGGUUCAGCUGAUUGAGCCACAUUUUGGGCACAAAAAAUGAUUGAUUUGGGGCAUGGCAUGGGUUCUGCUACAGCUUCAAUUAUUAGUUUUUUUUUUUCUGGUCGAUCUCACAUAACACACACCCAUGCACAUACACAGAUAGCAAACAAAUAGUAGAGAAUUAUUGACAUCGUAUACAUUUUGAGUUUUUCAUAACAUCAUCUUAUGUCAUGGUUUUUUGUCCUCAAGUUGAGAAGAAUUUGCGUGACCACAUUUAUGUUUGAUUGUUUGUAUCAAACUACAUGCGUGAGCAACCUACAGAGGGGACUCAUCAUCCUUAUGAAAGGACAAAUUACAAAGGGUACUUGUAAAUCUAUCUUUGACUUUCGUGCGAUUUUAGAGUUAACUUUAUAUCUCAUGUCAUUAUCUGUAAAAUAAUUUGGAUAAACAGC